AUGGACAUCUCCACGCGCUGGGCACUGCUAGUCGAUACACACCCAUCCUCGUGGAUCGAGUUUGUGGGCAUGCUCGCCACCCAAAUCCUCACCUUCUGGCUCCCCGCCAGCAUAUUCACCAUGCUCGACCUGCUAGCCUGGCCGUCCAUCCAACGCUAUAAGAUCCAGCCGGCGCGCAAGCAGCCGCCCCGCGAGCUCAUCAUCCGCGAUGCCCUGUUGGGCUCCCUCCAAAGCCAACUGCUCAGCACCACGCUCCAGGCCCUGCAGCUUGCGGUGGUCCACGCCGUUCUCGCACGCCCCGAUCUCAGCUACCGCAUGCCGGCGACCCUCCCCACCCUCCCGGAGCUCCUGACGGAGCUGACCCUGUGCGUGCUGGCGCGCGAAACCAUGUACUAUUACAGCCACCGGGUGCUGCACCACCCACUCUUAUACGCGCGGUUCCACCGCCAGCACCACCGCUUCCACACCCCCGUCGCGCUGGCGACACUGUACGUCCACCCCGUCGAGCACAUCCUCACCAACGUCAUGCCCAUCGCGGCGCCCGCGCGUCUGUUUGAUGUGCAUGUCGUGACCUUGUGGGUUUUUGUCGGGGCCGUUGGCAUCCAGGCCGCCCUGGCGCACUGUGGUUACCGUCUGUUCGAGACGCCCGGCGGGUGGAAACCCGAGGUUCAUGACCUACACCACGAACUGAUGACGGUCAAUUACGGGUUGAUUGGACUCCUGGACAGGGUGCAUGGGACACGGGCGACAAGGAAACUGAGGAAGAGGGAGCAAAUCCAGGGGGGCAACGCAGCUAGAGGCAGAGCCCUGCUUGGCCAAGGGGGGAAGAUCGAAGAAGAAAAAUGCUGCAUUGGCAAAAAGCUUAGAAUGCCGAUUUGCAAAGAGGAAUGUAACCUCUGGGAUCGGCGAUACGAUGGGUGA